CUGUCGUUGAGGACGAAGCGUGGAGAGAAUGUGGGAUUUUUCACAUUAUCCGAGGAGAAAUAAUUGAAAAAUAGCAACACGGAGACAAAGCUGACGAAUCUAUACAUGCAUAUAUGUAUUCGGUCCUUAUUUCUGCCCUUGAUUGAUUAUAACUCGAGUUGCGUCAAUGAUAUUUCGCCCUGGAUUUUGAAAAAAAAAACAACAGCAUAAUGGGUUCACCGAUGGUAAAUUUGUGCCUUAUGGUUUCUCUUUACGCAUCGCUGUGUGGUGCUGCUCCCGUUUCAGAUAGCCUUGAAGUUUCAAGCACCCCAGUGUCAGCGUACCGUGGCCACACAGCAACAUUACCAUGCUGGCUCAAUCCACCACAAAAUGCAGAGGGUCUGGAGGUACGCUGGUACCGUGGGGAUCACUUUGACUCCCCGAUCAUGUUUUACCGGGGGAGAAAGUUUGAGGAUACAUCCAAGGAAGCUUCGUAUGUGGGCCGAGUCUCCUUUGACUUAAAGGAUGCAGCGUCAGGUGGGCUGACAGCAGGCGAUGUGAGUCUGAAGCUGAAAAAUGUGACAAUUGAGGAUGCAGGAGAUUACACUUGUUACAUCAGCAGUGACCAGAGUUAUGACAGGGCAAGUGUCCGUCUCAUUGUGACAGAAAUGGGAACCACACCUCUUCUGUCAGUAGUGUGGAAAGAAGAUAACAUGGCUAAUGUGAGCUGUGAGUCUAAAGGCUGGUAUCCAAAGCCGAGUCUGAGCUGGUUGGAUAAAGAGCAGGUUCUUACCUCAAAAAGCCUGACGUACAGCAAAGACUCCUCUGGUUUGCUGUCAGUCCACAGCUGGCUUCUCAUCUCUGGCUCCACGGAGGUUUCCUGCUCAGUGGUCGUCUCUAAUGAAGAGGCGAAGGAGGCAAGGUUGCGCCUGGCAAAGUUACCUCAACCUGGGUCUGGAUCCUCAGUUGGUGGAUGGGUGGCCUUUGCUCUUCUCCUCACGGCCAUGUUAGUGUUACUUGGAGUGCUGUAUUUCAGAAAAAGAGGGAAGAAAGCUAAAUCAGGAAGUGACCACUCUGAGGAAAAUCGGAAUCUUUUACCGAAAGAGAUGGUCCAACCAACAAAGCUAUCAGCAGCUAGGGAGUAUUAUGUUAAUGUUACACUUGACAAGGUGGAAAACGCAUAUCUCAUGAUCAGGGAUGAUCGCAAAGUGAGAGACGUCUGUGUUGAUUUUCCUGAUGGACAGCAGGCAACCAAUCUGACAGUCAAAGGAACACCUGGCUUCUCUUCUGGACAACACUACUGGGAGGUUUCUUUGGGGUCACCAAAACUAGGGCUCAAACAGUCCUGGUGGGUCGGAGUUACAUGUGCAGCUGACAUCUCAAAGAUGUCAGAUUUUCCUCCAACUACAUCUAAUGGUUUCUGGAUCCUGUCCUCUUCCCCUGACAUGGCAGAUAGCUUUCAGUUUAGCACAGAUCCACAAGUGUUACUUCCUGUUUAUUCCAGACCGCAGACGGUUGGUGUGUAUUUGAAUUAUGACAGCGGAGAGCUUUCCUUUUAUAACGUGGAAAAUGAGCAUCUCAUUGGCACUUUAAAAGCUACUUUCAGAGGUGAGGUUUUUCCAGUUUUCAAUCCUGGUAUAGGUGACAAAGCACCAAUGGAGAUAUUACACAGGAAAGAACAGGGUCAGGCUAAUAACAUGGAGAACGCUGUAGAUUCAACAGCAUAACAACAUGAAUCUUAAGAUCAUCAACAAUGAAAUGAAACCACAAAGGAUAAGAUUUAUGUUUUAGCACCGUACUUGUGUCUUGUGUUGUGUUGUUUAUACUUUGUGGUUUUAUUUGGUUCGGGUAAAUUUGAAGAGUCACUGAAACAGUGCUCCAUGGAUGAUGUGUUUCUGUAGGCCAACGCAGAAGUUAAUGUUGUACUGGUUCCUGCCUAAAAAUGCCUACAGGAUUUUUCCAUUGGAUUUUUGAUUAUUGAAGAAAACAAGCUCUGUGGCAAACAAACAUUCAUAAUACUUACACAUUUUGUUCAGCGAAAUAGAGACUGCUAAUUUUAAGAUACCAAAAAGCUUCAAAGGUCAUGAGUGGGUCAAUUACUGACAUAUUUUAUGACUUAGAACAUAACUUGAAAGUCUAUUAAGCUUAUGUUAACAUCAGACUGUAUGUUAAGCAUCUAAAUAAAAACCCAGUAACUUGAGACAAAGGACCCAGGGGUGGAAAAAUACUAACUCCCGGUUUCUCAAGACACAUUUAUGAAGCACUCCAGGGGUGACCACUCAACAUUUGUAAAUAAAUAAAUCAUGUCGAAGCUGAAGCGUUGAUGAUCAUAUUAAAUCAGAAUCCAAACCAAUAGUACAAGAAAAUAGAAAGAUCUUUGUGGAAGCUGUAAGAAAUGAGGAUUCACUUCAGUGGUCAAUUUUGAGUCUGUAGUUUAUGGCGUUAGGUAGAUAUAUCAUCAACCAAAUAGGUACAAAGUAGAUUUAUUAGUCAUUUUUUAAAAAAAUAGUUUAAAAAUGAAAUUGAUUUUUUUCUUAACUCCUGCUACAUCAGAAUAGUUUGACAUUUUGGAAAAUUACCCACAUUUUCUUUCUUGCCGAGUCACCAGCAGCUUGAUAUAACUCUCAUAUCUGUGCAGUAGUAGAUAUUCUUAGAUAUCAGUCUUCUCGUCUAACUCCACAAAAAAAAGCAAAUACAAAGUGUUUUUCCCAAAACUGACGCUAACAAUAGUCUUUUAUUUAGACAGUGAUAGCCCCAUGGUUUAACGACUCUUCAUGGACAUUGUUUUUAAUAGAUGAAUUCUACUGUCUUUGGCAAACUGGAUAUCAGAGUAUUAUAUUUAUAUGCUUCUCUACAUGUACACACUAUAGCACAAAAUAGAAGGACUGAGGAGGCGAGAAGGUUACAGCAUGACACAGUCGGCCUUUCUCAUUUCUCUAUUUUGUGCCUUCUCGCCUCGUCCUUCCUUUUAAAAUCGGUCUUAGUGCCCCAUGUUGACGUAUGUGUCAAUUCCUGAAAGCAGCUAUGAGUGAGGAUGCAGAGGUGUAUCCUUUGCAAAUGUCUUUUUGGAACCUGUUAUUACAAAACAGCUGUGACAAUGGAUGUAUAGAGAGCUAGAUACAGUGUUUGAGGCAGAGGGAGUUCAUCCUUAUGAAAGUUGCUCAGUGACGUAGGAAGCCAAAAAAAUUCGACCGAGCACCCAGGUAUUUUACAGCCAUAGGCCCUUAGAACAAGCUCAUUAGAGACUCCCACAGGCUGAGUCCACUAUCCUCCAUGUGAACUUGAAUGAGGAUUAAAUAAUUUAAACUCUGAGCUCUUCUAAACCUUUGAAGUGUGAUUGAACCAAAUGGAUCAAAUCCAAAUGAUGAAACAAGUCAUAUCCCAGGGGUUGUGACCCUAAAAAAAUGGAUCCACUAAUUCACAGACAUUUCUUUCACAAUUUAAGUCUGGGAAAAUGUAUUUUUGGGCCCAGUGGCAUUACAUGAUGGACACUGUAAUUCCACAUUUGACCACUAUAUAAAACUGGCUUCGAAGCCCAAAGCUCUUCCUGGGGGCUUGGGCAUGACACAAAGCUGAUUAAACAGCUGAAACAUGAGUUAUAUUUAGUUGGCGUCGCUUUAAAAUGAUGGCUCCGAAUCAAGACCUCAACUCCUUAUGUCUCUAUCUUUGCGCUCAUUUCUGAGACAGGAGGGAGACACAAGGAGAGGGUGCAAGGAGAGAAAUCGAGAAUGCACAAACUGAGAAAUCAGCCGAGGUGGGUGGGCGUGUGUGUGUGUGUGUUGGGUUAAAUAAUGUCAUUUACCUGUGGAAGGCGAAAGCGGAGUGGCAGCAGGACCUGCAGACCUGGAUUUGGAUGAAACUCUGGAAAGGGUGGUUGUGUCUUUGCUGCUCCUCUUCGUUCUCAUAGGUUCCUCUGGGGGUGACGAGGAGCGAGGUGGACAGAUCUGUGAAGGUAGCACUAACACAGUGGUGAGCCUGGACGACCAGGCGGUUAUAAACUGACUUACAAAAGGGAACAGUGAUACAAUAACUUACGGCACAGUACUUACUUAAAGUUGUAAAUGUGCUUCACCAGAAAAUGCAUGCAAUAUACUCAACGUGUGGAAUGAGGCAGCUUUACUUAAAGGUAUGAUUUGAUGGCUUUAUGUAAGUUUCAAUGGCAUUUAUAUUGUUUGAUCCUAUUUGUAAAUAUCUCUGUAAUAACUGAUGUUAACAUUAUUAAUAUAAAAACAUUAUUAAUAUAUAAACUCAA